AUGUUGAGAACGCCCAAAGGUGGUAGGAAGAAGACGCCAAAGAAGAAAACCCCCGCGAAAAGUGACAAGAACGGUGACGCUCAAAAGAGCGAUACGCAAGAAGUGAAAGUGGUUCCGGUUACGCCGAUCAGCAAGCAGCUUGAGGAACAGCGCCGGAAGGAGGAAGCUCGGAAGAUGGAAGAGCAGCAGAAAGUGCUGAUGCGGCAGCGGGACGCGGUGGCGGAAAAGCUGGACCGAGUAAAGGCAGCCAUCAAGUCGAGCACCGAGCAACUGAACCAGAACUUGAAGAACCUGCACUUCCUGAAGUUGCAGUUGAAGACGGUUGAGGCCUGCUACGGUGAGUUCAAUGCAUUCCAGAACCAGAUCUACGGACUGGCACUCACUCCGGAGCAGGAGAAGCUGCACCGGGCGUGCUACUUAAAAUUCGAGACGCUUCACAACAUUUUGACGGUUCAGCUCAACGAGUUGAUCGAACGGCUUUCAAAGCCAAGCGUCGCGCUCGUUCCGGCCGCCCCCGCGUGUGCAGUUGUGCCGCAGUACUUGCCGCCGCUCAGUGUGCCCUUGCCGAAGUUCGACGGCACUUACGAGAACUGGUUUUCGUUCAAGUGCAUGUUCAGGAGCGUGAUGGACCGGUACCAGGGUGAGGCUCCGUCGAUGAAGCUGUACCAUCUACGGAACUCGUUGGUCGGCAGGGCAGAAGGCGUGAUCGACCAAGACAUCAUCAACAACAACGACUACGAGGCAGCGUGGGCUCUCUUGGUGGAAACAUACGAGGACAAGCGAGUGAUAAUCGACAAGCACAUCGAAGCUUUGUUCAAUCUGCCGAAGAUCACAAAUGACGACGCCGUCGCGUUCCGGAAAUUGAUUGACACGUGCGUCAAGCACAUCGAGGCGUUGAAGAAUCUUCAACUUCCUGUCGACGGAUUGGGUGAGCAGAUGCUGAUGAACCUGCUUGCAGCAAGGAUGGACAAGGAGACGCGGUUGGCGUGGGAAUCGCAAUGGAAGGCCGGCGAGCUACCGACGUACGCGGCCACGAUCGCGUACCUAAAGGAGAAGUGCCGAGUUCUGGAGGUGGUGGAACAGUGCAGUGUGACGGUGGAAAAAGUGACGCCGCACAGAUCAGUAGCGAUGCUGAUAGCUGGUACGCAGAAGUGUUCCGUAUGCAACCGGCAACACGGCUUGAACGGGUGCGAGCAGUUCAAAGGAAAAUCCGUCAACGAGAAGUACAGCCAUUUGCGGAAAUGUGGGUUGUGCUUCAACUGUUUGAGGAGAGGACAUCGCGUGGCAGCAUGUACGUCUACGAACACCUGCAAGAUCUGUGGCAAUCGGCAUCACACAAUGCUGCACACUGGUGGAGUGAAGAAGCAGAUGGUCGUUCCGAUCUCGACGGCGCCAGUUACGUCGAAGCCAAUGGACAAACGCCGCACUCGACCUGCCAGGAAACAGACCCUUCUCUCGACCGCCGUAGUACUCGUCGACGGUGGAAGCAGCGGCCCGCACUUGUGUCGAGCGCUGAUAGACUCGGGAUCGCAAAACCACUUCGUCACGGAACGGUUUGCCGACAAACUGGCGAUCAAGAAGGAGCGCGCCGACUACCAGGUCAGUGGUUUGCACGACUUUAAGACGAGGAUCAGCAGCCUGAUCCGAGCGACGGUUAAGUCUCGCGUUGGCGAUUUCUCGACCGAGCUGGAGCUGUUAGUCACUCCGAGUAUAAUUGAUGACCUGCCGCCGGAAUCGAUCGACAUCACAAGCUGGAACUUACCACCGAACAUCAAGCUCGCUGAUCCGGGGUUCAAUUCGGCAAGCCCAAUCGAUAUGCUGCUGGGAGCAGAAUUGUUUUGGAACCUGAUAAGGUCAGGUAGGAUCACGCUGGCGGAGACCAUGCCCUCGCUCAGGGAAACUGAGUUGGGAUGGGUUGUCGGCGGUGUGUUGAAGCAUUGA